AUGGGAAUUGUUGAAAGUGUGGAAGAUCUGACUCAGGAAAUGGAGUUAGAAAUGAAGGAUUUUGAUGUAUCUAUAAUACAAGGAUUUUCUCUAGAUGAAGAUGAUUUGAACUGUACAAUACCUUUUGCAGAAUGGGCAGCAGCACUACUUUCACAAAUGGAUGAUUUAAAUAAUAUUAGAUAUGAGCUAGUACCAGGCAGAAUGUCUGAGAGUAUAUUUUGGCAAAGUUAUUUUAAUGCUAUAAGAAAUAUUAUUAUUAAAGAUGUUAUAAUAUCUAUGGAAAGUGGGAAUGCUUUAAUUUCAAAUUCUUCAUAUCCAGUUAAAAAAUAUAAGGAAAUUAAUGAAAAUGAAAUCUCAGAAGAAAAUGUUCCAGACUUUUAUAAAAAUGAUAUAAUAUAUCCCGAUAAUACUUUAAAUGUUAUUAAUGAUACCAAUAUGGACGAAUUAAAAAUCAAAAUAAGCUCUGAAGAGUAUCUUUCCGAGAUGCAUGAACAUGAUUUAGAUGCAAAUACAGAAAUUGAUGAAGAAAUUGAACACGAAAAAAAGCUUAAAAAUGAAAAUAAAUCUCAGAGCCAGGAUUCGGAUAGCAUUCUCCAAAGCCAAGACCAAUACAGAAAUGAGAGUCAAGUCCAAAAGCAUGACAAAAACGAAGAUCAAAUUCAAGUUAAAAACCAAAUCAAAAAUCAAUACCAAGACCAAGACCAAGACCAAGACCAAGACCAAGACCAAGAUCUAGAUAAUUGCGAACACAGAGCAAAUAAAGAGGCAAUAAAAGAAGAACAAGAAGAAAUAGAUAGUGAAUCAUACAUCAAAAAUAAUUAUACUUACAAUGAUAAGAAUAUAAAACUCUAUAAUAAUCAAUUAGAUAGGAAGAUGAAUGAUAUUUACACAAACCAAAUGGAUGAUGAUAGUUCUGACCAUCAGUUAAAUAGUUCUGAUUAUGAACAAGAAACUAACGAUUUCAACGACUGUAGUAAUAUUCAUGAUCACAAUAGUGCGCUUUUCUCGGAAGAGAUACCAAUUAAUCAAGAAUAA